UAUCAAUGUAUACAAAUUGGAGCUCCAACUCUGCGACUUUUACUACAUUGAAAUGGUAUCGCGUUGAUACUAUAGCUAGUUUCCUUCAUGAACUUCGCCAAUAUAUCAUCAAUACACCCGGUAAAUUCUCAGCAACAUACUUGCCAAAACCGCCUAAGUCUGAACUACCCGCCAGCGUGAACGAGCGGUUUCCUGGGGCAGAAGGCUGGUUGUGUGAAGCUAUAGGCGACUGGAACGCAAAGUUCGACUGUCUCUUACUUGCAGCUAAUGUGAUGGUGAAUGUCAACAGGCUUGAUCGAAAGUACCCAGAAUAUAAGACAGCUGGUGAUGCUGAAUAUUAUUGUAUUCUAUCGAUCAACGAGCUCCUACAUAUGAUUGCAUCACCAGAACUGGGCGAGGUCAUUAAACAAUCUGCUUUUGAGCAGAGGUAUGCUCUCGAAUGGUAUGAUGAUGCAGAAGAUGCAAAGAGUAUCAGGCUUGGGUUUUCAAGACUCCCAAGCUUCUCAUCAAACGAUGAUCUGAUCUCAAAGGUAAAAAAUGGACCAAGCGGUGAACUUGCACAUAAUGAUCAAAAGUUUGACGAAUGAAAAUUGUCUUUCCAUAAAUAAAUCUUUUUGAUUUCCUAGCUCUGGAAAGGGUAUCAAUGGAAUCAUUGGAAUGCCCUAUUGUUCUAUCAUUGUUACAGGGCCUUCUUUUUUGUGUAAGUUUUC